GGGAGGAGCAUGUAGGAGCUAGUGAUCGCGGUCCUCAACACCGCUCGCCUUGGACGGGCGCAAACUUCCGACAGCGACGAUCUCUGUCCCGUAAACGGACUUCAUGAACUAUCAACAUGGCGUCAGAAUCUGAUCAACUACAAGAGGGGCAGUUUGAAGCCCCGGCACCGCCCCCCAGGAUGACCCGACAACAGAUUCUCACCUUAAUAUCUAUGGCAUCUGUCAACUUCAGCUCUAUGAUCUGUUACUCUAUAUUGGGCCCUUUCUUCCCAAACGAGGCAUUAAAGAAAGGUGCCAGUCAAACCGUGAUUGGUCUAAUAUUUGGCUGCUAUGCCAUCUGCAAUUUGGGGUCUUCCCUGAUCCUGGGCAAAUAUAUUGUUACCAUUGGGGCAAAGUUGAUGCUGAUCGGUGGACUGUUCAUUUCGUCAGGAUGCACCAUUCUCUUUGGGCUCCUGGACAGGGUCCCCUCAGGACCUGCUUUCAUCACACUGUGCUUCAUAGUCCGGUCUGUAGAUGCUGUGGGCUUUGCCGCUGCAAUGACCUCCUCCUUUGCUCACACGGCAAAAAUCUUCCCCAACAAUGUGGCCACUGUCUUGGGUAGUCUGGAGAUCUUCACAGGACUAGGUCUCAUCCUGGGGCCACCGGUGGGAGGAUGGUUCUACCAGGCCUUUGGAUACGAAGUUCCCUUCAUGCUACUUGGUUGUUUCCUCUUGGUCAUGGUUCCCUUCAACAUCUACAUUCUACCAACCAUCGAGGCAGAUCCUUCCAAGGAUUCAUUCUUCCGUCUGCUCACCCACGUUAAAAUAUUAUUGAUCUGCUACGUGAUAUUCACUCUGAGUUCCAGCCUGGGAUUCUUGGAUGCAACAUUGUCCCUGUUUGCCAUGGAUAAAUUUAAUCUCUCACCAGGAUAUGUUGGACUCAUCAUGCUUGGGCUGUCCCUCCCAUACUGUCUCGGCUCACCAGUGAUGGGCUACUUCACCGACAAAUAUCCUGUCCUGCGGGCUUGGUUUGUGGUCAUCGGAGGACUCUGCAUAGCACUAAGUUUUGUUCUACUUGGUCCCGCACCCUUCCUGGGCAUCCCCAGCCAACUGUGGCUGCUAAUCCUCAUGCUCAGCGUAAUUGGGUUUUCUCUUGGCAUGACAGCGAUCCCAACAUUCCCAGAGAUCAUCACGUGUGCAUACGAGCAAGGAUUUCAAGAAGGACUAAGCACCCUGGGAAUGGUGUCUGGGCUGUUUGGGGCGGUUUGGUCGCUGGGGAUGUUCUACGGGCCAACUGUAGGAGGAGUCAUCACGCAACACCUGGGUUUCGAGUGGGCCGCUGCAAUACAAGGCGCCUUGUCAUUAUUGGCGGCUUUUUUCUUGGCCGUGUAUUACCUCACUUGGCCACAGCAACCAAGGAUCCAGAGGCGGCACAGACACGAGGACGAGGCUGAGGAUGAUGAAGUUACACCACUGAUUGAGUGAAACACUACGGCGACAUGUCAAGACAAAACCAAACCCAUGAACUGAACUUGAGCAACUGGUAGAUGUAAAGCUAUUAUUAUUGUUAUUGUUAAGUUGUAACUUGUGUGUCACUGUUUUAGUUUUGUUGUAGAAGUUUUUCAUUUGUAUUUGUGGUUGUUCUCGACAGUCGAAAUAAAGUUGUUGAGGGGGUUCAACAGCAGGACGUGCAGGUUCCACCUGAUGGACUAAAUGAGUCUUUUGUUCCGCUGAGCCGCGGCGAUAAGGUUCUCAUUGUUUCCCACAUCACAAGACUACAUGAUGCUGUGACAUGCCAACAGUUGUUGAGCAGCUUAGUUUUGAAUAAAUAUACUCAGUGCCUUGAUAAGUGAUGCUUUAUUUGUUCUGGGUUUUUUUUUCUUAAUAUAAUUGAAUAUUUUGGACAUUUAAUCAUGUCAGCUGCAGAAAGAUUGAUUUUAUUUUGGUAUUUAUUAUGUGUUGUUCAGUUACUUCAGUGUUCCAGUAGAAAUCUCUCUGUAUAUUACAAAUGGGAAACUAAAACACUUCAGUAAAAUAUUUUAUACCUCAUUUUGUAUAUGUGUAUUAAACUGUGUUUAUGUACUGACA